AUGCCUUCCAUCGCGAAAACAAAGUCUGGAAAAACAUUUCGUGCCCCUACGGACCAGGCUCGAAAGCUUGAGCGCCGUAAGGAAAUCAAGAAAAACAAACGGGAUAGGCAACAAGUGCGGCAAACAAUCGCGAAGUGUUUAAAUGUAGACGAUUCAAUACGUAGGAUGUUAUCAAUAGAAAGACAAAUGCUCGGUCUCGAUGAAAAGCAAUUCACUUAUGACGUUCUUAAGAAGAAACAGAAUACCUUGAUGGCUUCCCUAGAGCGAAGGAAACAAGUCUUAAAAAAUACGAAAGACGAUGAAAUUGAGAAAAUUAAUGAAAAGCUACAACAUUACCAUCAAGAUAUCAAGGAACUCAGACAUUUAGCUGAUCAGGAGCGUAUGGCACGACUGUGUGACAUUGAUACUAUCCCUCUCCCAGAAUCCGAAUAUAAUCCCGUAGAUAGAGCUUCUCAACUAAUGGGACCGUCAGCGUCCACAUCCGCUGCUACCCAAGUUGCACUCCAACAAGCCAAAAAGAAAGUUGAUGUGAGAUUAGCACGCGCCCGAGCCGAUCGGGCGAAGCCUCCUGGACCGCCAUGUGGUAUGCCUCCUUCCCUUAGUGAUAGUGAAGACGAAUAUGGAGAUAAUGACGACGAUGACUUAGCCCCAGUUCCUAUUCCUGAUUUCGAUGCUCCUCCAUCUAGGCCUCCAAUGUACCAAUCAUAUCAUUCUCACGGACCUUUAUUAAGGAAACCUCCGGGUCCACCUCCCCUAUCUAUGUAUGGCUCCAAUCCUAUGGGAAUACCUGUACAUACAUCUUCGAUGCCUGAUCCUAAUGCCAUAAUAUCAUCUGCCCCAGUUAUUCGUAAAGAGACCGAGUCUAAGGAUCGAGGACCAACAGUUGUUUCGGCAGCACCUCAGCUCAGAGAUUUGAGAAAAGAAACCGUCAAGCUUGUGCCCACUCAAUUGAAACGACCUCAAAAUAAACCAAACGUGUACCGCCCAGUUCCUCCAGUCUUGAAACCCAAGCCUGUGAAAGAACAGGCUUCUAAGAAUACUGAUGACGCUUACAAUGAUUUCAUGAAAGAAUUGGAAGGUCUUAUUUAA